AUCAUUUCAUCGCAUAGAUACAGCGAUUGAAGCGUAAAGUGGUAACAGACAGGCACAGUCUCGCUUUUAUAGUAUUAUGUAGUAAUUAGUAUGGAUUAGUUCAAUAUUUCCUAAAAAUGUAGCAUUGAUAAAACUUUACUUAAACUACAUUAUGCAUAUCUACGAUUGUACGUAGGAUUUAACUCGAGAGAACGGAACGGUGUUAAAAUGUCGGAAACUGAAUUCGAAAAUAGAAUUUAUCUAUGUUUGUCAACUUUGUCAACAUAUUAUUGAUUUUCUGUUCCAAUUUAUUAACAUGUGCGAAUUUAAUAAAUAUAUGUGUUUAACUGUGCUUCUGCUCCGCUAUCUUUUCUACAAUAAAGUUAUUUAGAAAAGUGUUUACGUGACAGUGUUUUUAUUAUUUUUAAAGAAACAUUGAUAGUGAAACAUAAUAAUAUAUUGUAGAUGUAUUAACUAUUUCCAUGUUUUAGAAUACAUAUUCGUAUUCUUGGCACUAACUGCUGUGAAAUAAACGUCCAAAUAAAGACCUACCUGCAUUAAGAAGGACAGGACCGCACGUAAAAUCAAUAAAAUCUGCAUUGGUUUCGUUGCUAGGUUUGCGAUAAUGUUCAUGCAGUAAACAUACACGUCUUUGUAAGAAAACAUGUAGAGAGAUACCGCAAAAACUUUCACGAUGAUGGAAGGCAUAUUAACUCAGAGAGUUACACCUCUGCUAAAGUGUAUAGUGUUAUUUUUGUUUAUAUUCACUGCUAAAGUUCUAACAUCGCGACCACAUGAAUCGCAAGACCACAGAAACAGCAUACAUCACCCUAAGCCAUCUCAUUAUGUGAGAACUUUCACUAAAUAUCACCAUAGAAGAACUAUACAAUGGAACAACCUACAUGAACUGUAUUGGCCCUCUAAUGAUUUUCCAAAGAGCAAAAGAAGUGUUGAUGCUCAAUCGUAUUGGUCAGAAAAAGGUGAUCAAGAAAAAGCACAGUACCCAUGGCCUGUACAGCCAAUGAAUAAUAGAAGGAAAAGGAGCAUUCCAUAUUCAAAUUUUAUCUCUAACCAUGAGGUGCAAAGUCACAAAAUGAUUCCAAGAAUUAGGAAAAGGAAUGUCCGUGUUAUUAACGACUUUCAAAGUUUGGAAACUAAGCCUUUGGCACUGUUUGUCGAUUCGGAACUUGGAUCUCAUGAGGCAAAGGCCAUCGCCUCCAGUACAUCAGGCAAAGGAUCGAGUAAUGUGAAAAAUGGAUUGAAUACAAACCUCUUAACUAAAGAUAAAAAUGUUGCAACAGCCAUCCCUACCAUACAAUGUUUUUAUAAAGUUGAAAAAGUAUCUAUCAGUGUGACCCCGUCUUACGAAGAUGAAAAGAAUGCCCAAAUGAUGGUAGAAAACAACAACCAUGAUAUUGGAACUAUAACGGAAACACACCUCCCAAAUGGUGAGAUUGCCUCAGUGGAAAACUGUACAGAUUCUAAAGCAACAUGCUAUACUCUCUGGCAUCGACACCAAGACGGAAACAUUACAAUUCUGGGACAAGGAUGCUGGCAUUCCUCCCAGCGCAACGGUCAAAACACUUGCGACAAGUGUACGCCAAUCGACCAAAUGCAAGGCACCAAGUUUUGUUGCUGUACUAAGUCCUAUUGCAAUGCAGACUUCUUGUCACUAAGGGAGGAGACAGUGACUAUCAAAGCCGAAUCCACGAUGAACACAGUACAGCCCGGCCCCAACUACUCCCACGUGGCAGCCUCAGUUAUUCUAGCCAUAGCCGCUAUACUUGUCACCGUGGCACUCAUAAGGAAACUCUACUGCAAUAGGAGUGUGCCCGACAAACAGGAGAUGAGUCUGCCCGGACAAGCGGAGAAAAGUGAUGUUAUGGGCACGGGACCAGAUGCUUUAGCCACCGGUCUACUUUGCGUCGACAAUCUGACCUUAAUAGAACAUAUAGGUCAAGGGAAGUUCGGUUCAGUAUGGAGAGGCAGUCUAGGUUCGAUUCCCGUCGCUGUGAAACUGUAUUCGAACGCUAACGCGUGGCAGAAGGAGGCUGGUAUAUACGCACUACCUCACCUGUCACACCCCAACAUACUGAAGUAUUAUGGGAGCGACACUCGCGCAUCGCUCACCGACUGCGGUCGCUCGCGUCUCGUAGUACUAGAACUAUGCUUGGAAACGUUGCGCGAUCGUUUGCAAAGAACUCCGCUCGCGUGGCGCGAAUACGCCGCCAUAGCUCACGGUAUAGCCGCAGCCUUAGCUCACCUACAUGCGCCAGUGGGCAACAAGCCUUGUAUAGUUCAUCGCGAUGUUAAUAGCAACAACGUGCUAAUUACUAGCACUGGCCAAGCUAGACUAGCAGACUUGGGUCUAGCACAAGUGCUACAUGCUAGAAGGGAGAAACAGCCCAGCAGGAUCACGGAGGCGGGUACUCUUCGCUACUUAUCACCGGAAGCUUUAGAAGGCGCGUUAGAUCUGAGCGGUGCGCGGGCGGCUUUGUGCGCCGUAGACGUAUUCGCACUAGGACUGGUUCUAUGGGAAGCUCUAUGGAGAUGCAACGGGGCUUAUAUAGGACCGGUGCCUGCUUAUAUGCAACCGUAUGGACACUUGCUGCCCGCCAGACCGAAGUUGCAGCAAAUGCAGACACUGGUUUCCCGCAACAAAGUUCGACCGCCACUGCCUAAAGGCCCAGUGCCUGAAGCGAGGGCUUUGAAAAUAGCCUCCGAUACUUGCGAAGAGUGCUGGGAUCAUGACGCUGAGGCCAGAUUAACGGCGGUCUGUGUGGAAGAACGAAUGGCUGAAUUGAAGCAAAUGCUACAAGCGCAAGGACCCGUCAUUCACGACAACAAACUGCAUCCGCACCCGCCUGACACAAACAUUCCUGAGAUGGAUAAAAACUCUAAUUGUACCAGCGGACAGACGAGUGAUCCUACGGCUCCUUUAUUAACCCGGCCUCAGUUCGGUCGAAACGCGUGUAUUGAACGAAACACGAACACAAACAUCCAAACACACACAGUACAACUCAUACACAAAAGUCUCAAAGACAUCACUACUCCAGAAGUUAAACCACAGAGGGUAGAAGAGAACUGUUUGUCUGUGGCCCGCACGCAUAGAGUUAUAGUACCCGAAAGUUCAGAUAGGCUGAACGAAAUAAGGUCCUACCAAAGACCUUUAGAAUAUAUCCCUAAUGACGUCACUUCCCACAAUGACAGAGGCCCCAAAAGAACUAAUCUCCUCCAAGAGGUGAAAGUAGAAAAACCCAAAUGGGGUAUAAGGAAAUUCUUCGAAAGACUAAACAAGAAAAUGGACACCGAAGUGAAACUGAUGCCGGAGACCUCCACGCAAAACGGCAAAACGAAAACGUCCAUUAUAGAAAAGUGCAACAACUUCGAUAGACCCUCCAACCUAGUCUUGAAUCAGGACAGCAUUUAUAAUAUCGAAGGACCUUGCACCUUAUCGCCUCCCAAUAGGACUCUUUCUCCGACGAUGAUGAUAGAAUCAGAAAUGAACAGAGAGAACAACGUUUUCGGCUUCAGAGAGUUACCUAAUGAAGAUGCCAAAAAUCAGAGUCAAAUAUUCGCCGUGAUUGUACCGAAAGCACAGCCUGACGCGGAAUCCCAUAGCAAAACAAAUAAAAGCAGCGACGAUAGUAUUAACAAAUUCAAAGGCUCGGUUUCUUCGCAGAGCAUUUUCAAAAACCAUUCCGAGUCCGAAGAUUCGACUGUUAAGAAAAGACUGAGCUGCGAUAACAAAAUCAUCCAUAACAGCGGGCGAUCUUCACGAGCAAGCAUCAAUUUGGAACUACAGUAUAUAAACAACCAGACAGACGCAUUUGACAGCCCAUUCGACAUGAACUCGGAAUGUUCUAGCAGCGAAGACGAGCAUCUAAUGCUUUUGUCGGAAAACGGAGGCUCGAAAAUCACCAUGCAAGCGAUCCCCAAGGAAAUCGACAAGAAGAAAUUCCAAAACGACGUUUUGAAGGAAGCGAGCCAAGUUACAGAUUUCGGCUUCAACAAAUUCCAAAAUAAGUACACCAAUUUCGACAACGAAUUCAGCUAUUCCAACGAUAAAGAAAACUUGGGUUAUAGCGGCGACAAUCCGGUUUAUUUGGCAGCUUUGAACGGAGAGAUUGACACUGCAGACGUGAAAUUCUUAGGGGAGCCGGAGGAGAUAACGCCGAAGCCGUUUUUGAAAAGUCUUUCGAUAAAGAGACAGAGGUCUUUGGAACAGGUUUCGGAGAUUUUCUCGUCGUCUGGCGAUUUGAAUUUGCAGAAUCCCGCGGGACGCGUUAAGACGCCUGGAGAUUUGCCUGUAGCUGUGAGAAGGGCUAGAAGAGACAGGGCAUUGCAGAAAGGCAGAGCGAGUGAGAGCAACAGAUUGAGUCUGUACGACGAUCGAAUGAUGUUUGGUAACAGCCUGUGAAUUGAAACAAUAGCCGAGUGGUUACAGUAUAUAGCAGAUUUUUACCUGCUUAAACGAUUUCUUUUAAGCCGCGUGUUGCUUGUUUCGCUGAGCUUGCAGAAGUACAUUUAUAUUAAAAACUAUUUCCAGUAAAGUUGGCUCUUCAUGGUGUUUAUUAGUUAGGCAACCAUUGUUGUUUUCCAAUCAACCACAAAACUGUGUUUGGUAAGCUUAUAUGAUGGAGAUAGGGUAUCAUGAACAACGUUGAUUCACAAUAUUGUCUGUACAAUGAAAGUAAUCAGCUCGAAUUGACAAUUAUAUUUAUUUUUUCUUUCACUUAGUACUAUGUGGUAUCAAAAAAUCAUGUACUUACUGUAAAGAACUUGAUGUAGUACUAUCGGCAUCAAGUUUAGUGAUGCAGUUUGAAAUAUGGAACACUUUAAAUUCAAAUUUUAGAACGUUUUUUAAAUCCUCAGAUAAAUAAAACGUAUACGGGUAAUAUGGCAUUACAUCGAUACAUUGAAACUAUUUUGUAGUUCAAACUAUUGAGAUGUCACAAAAAGGAUUCCUUUAAAAUGUUACGCUUAAUUUGAUGUCGAUCUUACAGCUGUUAGAUUCUACGGAAGAUGCAUGUGAUAGAUUUAUUUUUAUAUUUAUGUUCUAAAACUGUAUUACACAGUUGCAUAAUUAAAAAAAAGCUCUGAAUAACGAAUUUAUCCAAAACUAUUAUAAUAUUUUCGGAAUUUAAAGUGAUAAAAAUUUUUCAUCUCUUUUCUUUUCU